CCCGCCAGCCAGUCAACACACAGCUGAUUGUGGCACCUACACGCUUCCUCAGCUCUCCACACACCCCACACCCGCGCCACACUUGAAAACUACAGCCCCAGGAGAGAGGAGGAGCACACGUGGACUCCUCAGCAAGUGUGUGAGCGGCGUCAAGGUCGAAAGGGCGAGUGUAAGAGGAGGUAGCGGUAGUGGUCACUGGUCGCGGCAUUUCCUUCCAUCUGCCGAGUAGCGAGUGACCCUCUUCUUCCUUCCAUCCCUCCUCACUGCAGACAUGGACGCCUCAUCCCGCGUGGUUAUUCUCUCAGCUGUCCGGACGCCCAUUGGUACCUUCAAUGGGUCACUGUCGUCAAUGGCUGCCCACGAGCUGGGAGCCGUGGUGGUGCGAGAGGCCUUGGUGCGGGCUAGAGUGCCUCCAGCAGAGGUGUCUGAGGUCUUGCUUGGACAGGUCUUGACGGCAGCUCAGGGACAAAACCCAGCAAGGCAAGCAGCCAUGGAAGCAGGUGUGCCCUACACUGUACCAGCAACAAGUAUCAACAUGCUGUGUGGCUCAGGCCUCAGGUCAGUGGCCAUGGGAUACCAGGCAAUCAAGACGGAGGAUGCCUCUGUGGUGGUGUGUGGGGGGCAGGAAAGUAUGAGCUGUGCCCCUCACUCGGUGCACAUGCGUAAUGGCACCAAGAUGGGCUCAGCCUCCCUGGUGGACACCAUGAUGGUUGAUGGACUCACUGAUGCCUUCCACAAUUGCCAUAUGGGCAUCACAGCUGAAAACAUAGUGAAAAAGUGGAACAUUACAAGGGCUCAGCAGGAUGCUUUUGCUGCAAAAUCCCAGCAGAAGGCAGAAGAAUCUCAAAAAAGUGGACAUUUUGACAAGGAAAUAGUACCUGUGCUCGUGCCUGGGAAAAAAGGUCCCACAGAGGUGAAGGUGGAUGAGUUCCCUCGAGCCGGCACCACUGCGGAGGGGCUAGCCAGGCUCAGGCCAUGCUUCAUUACUGAUGGCUCAGGAUCUGUUACAGCUGGCAACUCCUCAGGGAUCAAUGAUGGGGCAGCAGCCUUGGUCCUGGCAAGGGAGAGUGAGGCAAAGCAGCGUGGCCUGGAAGCAAUGGCCCAUAUAGUGGCUUGGGCCCAGGCUGGGGUGGACCCAACCAUCAUGGGGACAGGACCAAUUCCAGCAGUGAAGGCAGCAUUGAAGAAAGCCGAGUGGAGCAUUGAUGAGGUGGAUCUGUGGGAGCUGAAUGAAGCCUUUGCAGCACAGAGCUUGGCUGUCGUCACUGAGCUUGGUGUUGAUCCUGAGAAAGUCAAUAUCAGUGGUGGUGCAAUAGCCUUGGGUCAUCCUAUUGGAGCAUCAGGAGCACGGGUGCUGGUGACUCUGUUGCAUUCCAUGACUCGCCUGAACAAGAAGCGUGGUGUUGCUGCAUUGUGUAUUGGAGGUGGCAUGGGCAUUGCACUGUGUGUCACUCGGCCCUGAUGAUGGUGGUGCCUGCUGCCUCAUGAUGGUGAGUCUCAAGUGCAUCUCAGUGGACUUGAAAUGGUUCUUCCACAUCUCUGAAGUAGUUUUAAGUGAGGUAAUGAAGCUCAAAUGUAAGUGCCUUGUAUUAUUUUGCUGUAAACAUUGAGAAUUAUUUGUAGUGAGUUGUUGCAGCUACAUAUUUUUUGAGGUACAGUUUCCUUGUUGGUUAGUUGUUAAUGUUGAUGGUGGUGGAAAUUUUAUGAAUGGUAUAAUGGUGUAGUAAAGUAGUUUACAAUAAACUGUAGUAUGUAUGCUGAUAUUUAUUCCUCAUAUCUUGAAACAUUCCUAAUUAUCUUGUUUUUUUCUUGUGUUGUUAAAUAUUUAUUCUCAUUAUAAAGUAAAUUUUUUAUAUUAAAUUAAUUGUUGUAAUUACUAUUAUUGUUAUUAGAAUACAAGAUCUUUAGUGAUGUGUUUAUCUCAGAUCUAUCUUAAUCGUUACUUAAUCUCAUUCCUAUUGAUUUGCAUUCUUAUUUUGCUAAAAGCUGAUCAUUGUCUGACUUUGUGCAAGGAACAGCAUGCCACCAUCAAGCUAUAAAGAUGUGCAGUGUUUCCUUCAUUGAUCUAAUACUGAUGAGGUGCCUGUGGUGAGUGGUGGUGGCUUGUGUAGUGUUAAGGAGGACAGUGGAUGUCCACAGGAGAUAUUGUUGAUUUAUUUUUUCUUGAUUUCUCAGUUCUACUUGUCAAUGCAAUGUUAACUGAACAAUUAUAGUUGAACUGUUAGUGUGAUACUUUUGGUGCUAGCGUAAACAAAUCCAUUUUGUAUGUUACUUUCAUAAUUCUUGUUAAGUUAGUCUUUAUGGUUGAAUUUUUUAUGAAAAAUCAUUGGCAUUUAUGGAACAUUUGCAGAGUGCAAUUUUAUAUGUUGCAAUUUAAAGUUAAGAGAAAUUUAAAUAUAUGACAAACCAAUUAAGUGCUGUCUGGCAUAAGCCGCCUCUUUAUUUGGCCAGACUGUUUAUUAACUAAAACUAGAAAAAUAUAGAUACUCGAUUGUUUACUUGGAGCUGCUAGCUGGGUUGUGAAAUUUCUGCAUGGCUAAAACAGUUUCAAAGGGGAUGUUAUAAAUUGAUCUCUUCAAUUUAUGGUCUAUUUAGUUUGUUACAGAAUUGUGUUAGGUAAAACUUAAGUGAUGAGCGAACACUCCUACUAUGUUGAUGGUAUUUUUUGUUCAAGUAACAGGAGGGAGUCCCAGAAUCUUGCAUAACUUUCAGUAUUUUAGGUACAACAUUAACUUGUCUUGAAAGGCAAAGGGAACUCAUUAAGUCUUAGAUUAUUCAUAUUCAAACGUUGUAAUUACAAAUGUAUAAGUAUUUGUUUUUACAGUUACUCAAAGUUAGAGGUGAUAUGUGAAUCACCUGUAAUGACCUUAUGAUUUGAACAAAUGAGACUACAGGGCACAGUAUCGACUAAGACAAGAAUGCAUUGUGUCCAUUUAUCACUUGCAUGAUGCUAUGCAUGUACUACACUGGAAUAGGUUGUGGGUUAGGAAAUAAGACUAUAGUUUUAAGGCUAUUAAUGAAGUGUGAUUAUCUGAGUGUGCAAUCCAUUUCACCAAGUCUCUUUUCUCAUCACUAAGAAUCGGUAUUUUCUUGAGCCUGGAACUUGGUCCCCAUCCUACUUAUUGUGAAAAUGUGCUUCACAAAUGAUGGUGACUACUAAGGUGUACUAGACAAUCUAUAAUAUUAUCAGGUAUGAACAGUAUUUGCACUUGGGAAUAAUGUGGAGUCUAGUGUUUUUAGAUAUUUUCUGAAUAAUGAAAGAAGUCAUGAAUGUUACUAGGGAUAAGAUGUGACUAUUUAAAAGCUAUGACUUCCAAACAUGAUCAUGUCAUGAUGAACACAAUAUCAAAAUGUAUUGACAAUUCUGCAGUGAUUACUAAGUGUAGAUUUGUUCAAACGUUAAGUGUGGGACUCGAGUUUAGUUUUAAAUAUUAAAAUGUAGAUAAAAAUUGAAAAUACUAGAGGUGAAAUGGGUUCAUAAUGCAUUCAGAAGCCUUAGGAAAUGUGAUUAUGACUAACUGAUAAUAACUACUAUGCUUUCUUUAAGAGAUGCUCUCCUGUUGAUUGGUCUAAGCAUUACAUCUCAAAAAUUAUGGCAAAUUCUUAUCAAAAUCCCCUUUUUUAAUGCAUUACAUAAUAUGGUAUCUUACAAUCUUUUCAGUAUGUGUGUCCUUGUUGCACAAUUAGAGGGCACCAGUUUAGCACCUUCCACAAACACACUGCUUUAUUCUACCUUUCCACUGUCAAGAGACUUUUCUUUCCUACUAUUAUUCUUGUUUUUAAUGCCAGUGGUUCCUUAUAGACCCAUCAUUCCACCCUCUUAAGUUCUGUCUUUCUGUUCACAUUUAGUCACACUACAUUACAUUUUUUUUAAUACUACUUUUUUCAUGAUCAAAACUUUCUUCUAUUCAGACAAGUUGCUAUGCUGUCAUCCAUAUAUGCUUUCAAUGCUCUUACUCUCCCCCACCCUCCCCUUCUGUUGUCACUUGCCUCAAUACUGUAUUACUGACCUCUUUAAGUUAAAUAUGGUCAUUGGUUGCAGGUCUCAGGGAGAACCUUUGACAAAGAUUGGAGUAUAUGUAAAGGUCUGGUUGUUGUAGUGUAUGAUGAAAGAAGCCUUGCCUUGGUACAUGUUGAGAAUCCUUCAUCUUGAAUACUGUCUUUACUUGUGCUCCAAUUUAAAUUAAUUUUCUAAAUGGUAACUUGUUUCUUUAAUAAUGUAAUCUGUUUCUAAGUUUAGGUUAUUCUUUUGUAGUUUAUUAAUAAAUAUAUGUUCCAG